AGGGACUUUCCGUUCACAGCUGUGGGAACAGAGAGGGCCCUUGGAGGAUGGCUGAAAUCCAGAAGUUAAGACAGAGCUGUAACUGGACUCCAUGCCUCUGGUCAAUGAGUGGGCACCCUGGAGUGGCCUCUGAUCUCCGUUUCUGCCCCACAGUGAACCCCUGCUGUUACUAUCCGUGCCAGCACAAGGGUGUCUGUGUCCGCUUCGGCCUUGACCGCUACCAGUGUGACUGCACCCGCACGGGCUAUUACGGCCCCAACUGCACCAUCCCUCAGCUCUGGACCUGGCUCCGGACUUCUUUGAGGCCGAGCCCCUCUUUCCUCCACUUCCUGCUGACACACGGGCGCUGGUUCUGGGAGUUUGUCAAUGCCACCUUCAUCCGUGACUUGCUCAUGCGCCUGGUACUCACAGUGCGUUCCAAUCUUAUCCCCAGCCCCCCUACCUACAACUUAGCGCACGACUACGUCAGCUGGGAGUCCUUCUCCAACGUGAGCUAUUACACGCGGAUUCUGCCCUCUGUGCCCCGAGACUGCCCCACACCCAUGGGGACCAAAGGGAAGAAGCAGUUGCCAGAUGCCGAGCUCCUGAGCCAUCACUUCCUGCUCAGGAGGAAGUUCAUACCUGACCCCCAAGGCACCAACCUCAUGUUUGCCUUCUUUGCGCAACACUUCACACACCAGUUCUUCAAAACUUCUGGCAAGAUGGGUCCUGGCUUCACCAAGGCAUUGGGCCACGGGGUAGACCUUGGCCACAUUUAUGGAGACAAUCUAGAACGUCAGUAUCACCUGCGACUCUUUAAGGAUGGGAAACUCAAGUACCAGGUGCUGGACGGAGAGGUGUACCCGCCGUCGGUGGAAGAGGCGCCGGUGCUGAUGCACUACCCGCGGGGCGUCCCGCCCCGGAGCCAGAUGGCCGUGGGCCAGGAGGUGUUCGGGCUGCUGCCGGGGCUCAUGCUCUACGCCACGCUCUGGCUGCGGGAGCACAACCGCGUGUGUGACCUGCUGAAGGCCGAGCACCCCACCUGGGGCGACGAGCAGCUCUUCCAGACGGCCCGCCUCAUCCUGAUCGGGGAGACUAUCAAGAUUGUGAUCGAGGAGUAUGUGCAGCAGCUGAGCGGCUACUUCCUGCAGCUCAAGUUCGACCCGGAGCUGCUGUUCGGCGUCCAGUUCCAGUACCGCAACCGCAUCGCCAUGGAGUUCAACCAGCUCUACCACUGGCACCCGCUCAUGCCCGACGCCUUCAGGGUGGGCCCCCGGGACUUCAGCUAUGAGCAGUUCCUCUUCAACACCUCCAUGCUGGUGGACUACGGGGUCGAGGCCCUGGUGGACGCCUUCUCUCGCCAGACGGCUGGCCGGAUCGGUGGGGGGAGGAACAUAGACGCCCACAUCCUGCACGUGGCCGUGGAUGUCAUCAAGGAGUCGCGAGCGCUGCGGCUGCAGCCCUUCAACGAGUACCGCAAGAGGUUUGGCAUGAAACCCUACACCUCCUUCCAGGAGCUCACAGGAGAGCAGGAGAUGGCAGCUGAGCUGGAGGAGCUAUAUGGAGACAUUGAUGCCUUGGAGUUCUACCCGGGACUACUUCUUGAGAAGUGCCAUCCAAACUCCAUCUUUGGGGAGAGUAUGAUAGAAAUCGGGGCUCCCUUUUCCCUUAAGGGUCUCUUAGGGAAUCCCAUCUGUUCUCCGGAGUACUGGAAGGCGAGCACAUUUGGUGGCGAGAUGGGCUUCAACAUUGUCAAGACGGCCACGCUGAGGAAGUUGGUUUGCCUCAAUACCAAGACUUGUCCCUAUGUCUCCUUCCGUGUGCCAGACCCCGGCCAGGAGGAUGGGCCUGGUGUGGAGCGGCCAUCCACCGAGCUCUGAGGGGCAGGGCAGCAGCAUUCUGGGGGGCAGAGCUUCAUGUUCCUCAUUCCAGAAUGCUGAGGCCAGGGUUGAUAUUCUUAAAGGCUGGGUUUCUGAUUGGCAUCAAGAGCAUCAGUGUGGACAUUUAGGACUCUGGGUCCCUCACCCAUGAUCUGGACUCUGGGUCCCUCACCCAUGAUCUGGAAUACUGUGAGCUUGUUCGUCAUUCUAGAAUGCUGAAUUCCUGGUUAUUCAUCCAAAAUGUUGGGCGUGGUUCUCCUUUGGCGUGCCAGACCGCUGGGUUCCUGGUUGACAACCUAGAAUAUCGAUUCCUGGUUGAUCUGGAAUACAGCCAUUCUAAAAUAUAGGACUCCUGAUGAAAUCAUCUAAAAAGUUAGGGGAUUCUUAUUUUGCAUUCUAGAAUUCUGAGUGGCCCUCCAGAGUGCUGACUUUCUGGUGGGCGAUUCAGAAUGUUGUGUCCUUGAUUGCUGAUCUGGAACAGUGGCUCGUAUGCUAGGUUGGUCCUGAUCUGAAUGUCUAGAAUAUUGAGGAAUCAUGUUCCUGUUCAGUGAGAUAUCCACAGAGCAGGAGAAUCUAAUGUCUAACAAGAACGCAUUCCCUGAAUCUGUGCCUGCAUGGAGGGAGCGAGGAGGUGGGGUGUUUUUCUGGGGACCCCAACAGAGACCCUGGUCUGAGGAUAUGGAGAGAAGAGGUGGUUUUUUCCCAGGCCAUUGGUUGGAAGCCACCAGAACUCUGUCCCCAUCCAGGUCUUGACUCAUGGCAGCUGUUUUUCAUGAAGCUAAUAAAAUUCUUUUUCCAAAUUG